UAUGCCACUAUAAGCUUGGCACAUCUAGCCACUGGGAUUUUUGCUCAUUCUUCAAGGUAAAACUGCUCCAGCUCCUUCAAGUUGGAUGGGUUCCACUGGUGUACAGCAAUCUUUGUCAUACCACAGAUUCUAAAUUGGAUUGAGGUCUGGGCUUUGACUAGGCCAUUCCAAGACAUAUAAAUGUUUCCCCUUAAACCACUUGAGUUUUGCUUUAGCAGUAUGGUUAGCGUAAUUUUCCCGCAGAAAGGUGAACCUCUGUCCCAGUCUCAAAUCUCUGGGAGACUGAAAAAGGUAUCCCUCAAGAAUUUCCCUUUAUUUAGCACCAUUCAUGAUUCCUUCAAUUCUGACCAGUUUCCCAGUCCCUGCCGAUAUAUAUAUAUAUAAUAUAUAUAUAUAAAAAACAUCCCCUUAGCAUGAUGCUGCCACCACCAUGCUUCACUGCGUGGAUGAGGUUCCCGGGGUGAUGAGGUGUUGGGUUUGCGCCAGACAUAGCGUUUUCCUUGAUGGCCAAAAAGCUACAUUUUAGUCUCAUCUGACCAGAGUACCUUCUUCUGUAUGUUUGGGGAGUUUUUCACAUGCCUUUUCCAAACACCAAACGUGUUUGCUUAUUUAUUUUCUUUAAGUAAUUGGAAUUUUUCUGGCCACUCUUCCGUAAAGCCCAGCUCUGUGGAGUGUACGGCUUAAAGUGGUCCUGUGGAGCUUUGCAGCGCCUUUAGGGUUACAUUUGGUCUCUUUGUUGCAUCUCUGAUUAAUGCCCUCCUUGCCUGGUCCAUGCAUUUUGGUGGCCGGCCCUCUCUUGGCAGGUUUCCAUUUUUUUAAAUAAUGGAUUUAAUGGUCCUCCGUGGGAUGUUCAAAGUUUUGGAUAUAUUUUUUUAUUUCUCCACGACUUUGUCCCUGACCUGUUUGGAGCGCUCCUUGGUCUUCAUGGUGCCGCUUGCUUGGUGGUGCUCAUUGCUUAGUGGUGUUGCAGACUCUGGGGCCUUUCAGAACAGGUCUAUAUCUACUGAGAUCAUGUGACAGAUCAUGUGACACUUAAAUAAAAUCAACCUGUGCCCACCUAACUAAUUAUGUCACUUCUGAAGGUAAUUGGCUGCACCAGAUCUUAUUUAGGGGCUUCAUAGCAAAGGCGGUGAAUAUAUAUGCAUGCACAAUUUUUCCAUUUUUAUAGAAUUGUUUUAAAACAAUUAUUAUUAUUUUUUUCGCUUCACGAAUUUGGACAAUCCUGUGUGUGUGUAUAACAUGAAAUCCAAAUAAAAAUCAAUUUAAACUACAGGUAGUAAUGCAACAAAAAAGUUAACUCCAAGGGGGAUGAAUACACUAUGUGCUGCAUCCUCUCAGGCACACCCUUCUCAUUAACCCGUGGUGAGUUAUUCACAAUUUUUGUUGAACAAAUGUUUAAGAUGUAAGAUGGUUAAAUAAAGAGCAAAAUGAUUGAUUAUCUGGCCGCGACCGGGAGGUCCAUGGGGCGACGCACAAUUGGCCUAGCGUCGUCCGGGUUAGGGAGGGUUUGGCCAGUAGGGAUAUCUUUGUCUCAUCACUCACUAGCGACUCCUGUGGCGGGCUGGGCACAGUGCAUGCUAACCAGGUCGCCAGGUGCACGGUGUUUCCUCCGACACAUUGGUGCGGCUGGCUUCCGGGUUGGAUGCGCGCUGUGUUAAGCAGUGCGGCUUGGUUGGGUUGUGUUUCGGAGGACGUAUGGCUUUCGACCUUCGUCUCUCCCGAGGCCAUACGGGAGAUGUAGCGAUGAGACAAGAUCGUGAGUUGGCUUCAAACCAAGACAGGCCUUUCCUUUAUCAUUUCUUUAAAAUGUUCAGAUAACCACCUGUGUGUGUGUCCUUUCCCUCUCCAUUCUGCAGGACAACCUUCUGUAUUCAUCCAGGUGACUGCAACAUAACUAUUCAACAUAAUAGACUUAGUAGUUAUUGGACGUUGAGUGUUUCUUUGAACUAUGAAUACUGCUCCAGUGUUAAUGUUAUGGUGUGGCAUUGGGUGUGCCGUGUUUUGGUAGCUUUCGUUAUACUCAGGGGACCUGACUCAGACACAUUGUGGCAGCUUUACCCACCUGGUGGCCUGUAAUUGGCUAUAAUAAGAAUGGUGGCAACAGAGACAAUGGGAGGAUGUCCUGCAAAGAGCUAAUCUUUUUUCCAUACUUCCUUAUUGGCGCGUGAGUGUCAUUUACGGUUUAGGUUCACAUGCCACUUACCGGAGGUCCUCCUGUGUGUUCCAGUCUCCUGACCCCUGAAGCAACGCUGCCACCACUGCUGCACCUUCGGCCCAGACAAAACGUUAUACUCCGCUAGCGUCUCACGUAAACAAGGAUGGACAUUUCAAAUUCCUUCAUUAGAGUGUGACCACUUACGUUGUUAAUCACAUGCCAUUUAUCCUACUUCCACUUGUGUGUUCCAGGCUGCCUGUUGCCGGAGCUCCGGAGACUUUGCUUAACUGACUACAGUGAAGCUGCAGGCCGCUGUUGUCACCAGGCUAAGUUCCCACACUUUCUUCGCAGAGAGGAUCCGAGAUGGACAAACUUAGCAGAAAAUCAAUGGUACAUUAGUACAGCAUAUUGGUUAAAUGCAAAGAUUCUGUUUUUUAUAUUUUACUCUCUACAUUUGGUUAUGUUUUGUCUGACUAGUACACCCUACUGUCUUUCAGUUGGCUUUAGUUCUGCAUUGACUGAACACGUCUUUAUCAUCGAGUUUAGUUUUAGCACUACAUACAUACAGUACAUUUGAAAAGUUCUGUAUUCUGGUGUCCCUGUGUGUCUGCUCCCACUGUCACUGAGGUCGCUGAGCUGUUGGUGAGAAACAGGGCAUCGGUCAACGUAGGUGACCUGUGGAAUUUCACCCCUCUGAGGCUGCAGCCAAGGGAAAAUAGCUAAGAGAUCUGCUGAUGUUCAAGAAGAACUGUGAUGGUAACAUGUCUUUGGACAUGGUGAAGGAGGGAGACACGGGCAUCCAGGACAAGCUGGAAGGAGAUGCUGCUCUCCUUGAGCACAGGGCUGACGACAACGCUCAGGUCAAAGGAGGCUCACCUCCCUGCGCAACACAGCCUGAUAUACAUCAGGCCCUUGAAGACGUUUUACAUGCUCACAUGCACAUUGCGGCCCUCCUGAUCAAGUGCCAUGUCCGUAUGAACGCCACAGACAAGUAGUUAGCCUUCAACCUGCUCCACAUGGCAGCUCAGAAUGUAAACAUAGUGAAUGUAUGCAUGUUAUCUCUCUAUUUGAACAAGUCUUCGACUUGCAAUGACGUAGUCUGGUCACAAUAAUUCUAAUCCAAUAUAUUUUGACACACAUGGCUAGAGAAACCCCUUAUCACCCAGUAACUCUCCAUCUGA